CUUAUUUCUGUAUUAUCAGCUGCCAUCAGCCUUUCUCUCUCUUUGUUCCUACUAGGUCUGGAUCCAAAGACUAUGGAAAGUUCCAGGUGAGCAAAAAAAAUGACUUCCACACAAUAUCAGACCAUUAUUCAGGGAGAGGCAUCUGAGACAGACUCGGAGGAGGAGUUGUAUCUAACAUCCUCCGCACCGGCAGCUAUCUUGCAGACUGGAACCAAAGUGGCUGGUGAAGCAUCGGAAACUGAAGAGGAGGAGGAAGACUGUGCAACAGCGGUGCACGAUAUCCAGCAGGCCAUUCAGCGUGGCCUGCCACCGCUGAUAGUGAUCCGGGAGGAGCAGUCAGACAUCCUGACAGCGGUAGAGGAGAAACCAGCUGUGAAGAUUCGCCACCAAGGGCGUUAUAGUACCUUAUUGCAACAGAAGCUGAGGGAAAGUAAUGGGCGUCUUCACCAGAAUGUGGAACAGGCAGUGAAGCAGAUGUAUGAGAGUGCAACCAAGGAGAUCCGAAUCGCCACCAGCCACCUGAGCAACACCCAGAACGGGAUAAUUAAUGCAUCGCACAGUAUUCGCUUAAUUUUGGAUGAUCUGAGAUCUGUGACAGAAAAGAUGGAUAUAAUCACAAGCUGUAAUUUACUCCCUGACGUCCAGAUCCCCCCCACAGCAACUAGGCUAGCGCAAGUUUGAGCUUGUUUGUACAGAUAGUUGAAGUCUUAGUGCAGAUUGAAUCCCCAGGCCUUUUAAAGAACCGAGUGUUUCAGGAAAAUUUAAAACUCUGACUAAUACAGCAAUUUGUUUGAUUGUAGAAGUGGCUCAAGUCAAUGUUAGAACCACUUCAAGAGGGAUUAAUGUAGGCUGAACUCAGGAAGUCUGUUAGAAUUUAACUUGUAUCAUCUUGCUACCUGCCACUGACUGUCAUGUUUCCUGCCUACUUGUGGUAUGAUUCUAGGACUUUGUGAGUAUAGGGUUUAAUUUAUACCAGUGUUAUCAUUGGGCUCAUUUACUAUGUUGUACUAAUACACCAAAGGUUGGAAAACCUCCAGUUUACAUCACAGUUAUCUCAAAUCUCAGAUCAUGAUCUUGAAUCAUCACCUAAAAUGGUUCCUAGUUCUCAUUAUUACUACAUACUAGUAAUUAUCUGAAUAUGUUAUAGUUCAAAGCAUGUUUUGAAUGGCCAGCAUCUUUAGGUGUUGUUUCUGCAGGUUAAGACGGAAAAAGUUAACACCCUCUCUAUUAUGUUUAACUGACAAGCUGUGAGACAGCUGUGCAGUAGGUUUAACUGCAGGUCUACUGAUUAAAUAUUAUCGAGUCCUAGACUGAUUUGUCACAGAAAGAGAAUUAAUGUUAUGUCAUAAUGGAUAUUCUCUGUGAUAUUAUGAAAUGAACUGGAACCGCCUUCAUAUAAUUGUUUAAAAGAUUCUCAAUAUUACCAGUAAAACAAUUUUGCACUUUU